CAAUAAUGGAUACGGAGACAGCUCAAUCUCUAAAAGAUCGAUAUGAUAAAAUUUUACAACGAACAAAAGUUGAUAUGAUGCACGUUUAUGUUGAAGCUGCUGAAUUUCGAGCAAAUCAAUAUCGAUUACAGUUUAAUAAUGCAAUGAAUAAAUUAAAAGAAAAUGAAUCUACACAUCUAUGCGAUAGAAUAUUAACUAAAGUUAUGUUCGAUAUAAUGAUAAAACGUUUCAACAAUAUUAGUGAACACCUUGUUGAACCAGAUAUUGAUCGAUUCGAUGAUAUCUUUCAUGAAUAUGAUGACGAUAUAGUUGAAGAUGAAGAUAAAAAAAUGCAAUAA